CCAAGUGGACAUGAAUAAUGAUUUUAUUCUGGUGUGUCAUGUCUGAUCGCUAUGUCAUUUUGACUUUUCACACUUUUCCAUUGUGUACAAGUACACAAAAUAUGAAUGAUACAUCUAUUUGUUGAUUUAUUUAAACUUUAGGGAUUUUGGUGGUGUUUGCCACUUUGCAGAAAAUAGUAGUCCUAUUUGGAUGAGAGAAGAAAAGGGUUGUUAACAUAUGUAGCCUAUAAUAAACAUGUAUGCAUAAAUGUGAAUGCAUGAAUGACCAAACCGUGUUUUCUUAAACUCCCUGCUUACAAUUUGCGCAUCUGGGUCAUACAGACAGACAAGCCCACCCCAUCCUGCUCCUGCGAUUGGUGAGUGGGAUUUGUGUAAAAGUAGGAUUGGAGAGAAGAGGCUACUGUCCCUUCUCGACAGAAUAGAGGAAAUCGCCUACGGUUCGUGGAACCAUCCUCACGGUCUACUUCAGAAGUUGUACGGAAGGAAGUCAUUAGGGUAAAAGAGAACUUUGAUAGACUGCAAAUCGUCAUGGGUGACAAAGGGGUCCAGCUUGUUUUGGAGAAUUACAUAGGGGGUAAAUUUCUUCCGUGUUCCGCUCAUAUCGACUCUUACGAGCCUUCCACGGGGAAUGUCUACUGUAAAGUCCCGGACAGUGGGAGCGAAGAGGUGGAUGCAGCUGUGCAGGCGGCUAAAGAGGCCUUCCCUGCCUGGUCCUCCAGGAGCCCCGCUGACAGGGCCCAGGUCAUGAACAAGCUGGCCGACCUCAUGGAGGCCCGCCUGGAAGAGUUCGCCCAGGCCGAGUCCAAAGACCAGGGUAAGACUAUGACGUUUGCCAGGACGGUAGACAUCCCGCGCUCGGUGCACAACCUGCGCUUUUUCGCCUCGUCUGUGCAGCACCACACCACCGACUGCAGUCAGAUGGACCACAUGGGCUGCCUCAACUACACCAUCCGCUCCCCUGUAGGCGUGGCCGGCCUGAUCAGUCCAUGGAAUCUGCCCUUGUACCUGCUGACCUGGAAGAUCGCCCCGGCCAUGGCCACUGGCAACACGGUGGUGGCCAAGCCCAGUGAGAUGACCUCCGUCACCGCCUGGAUGAUGUGCAAACUCAUGAAUGAGGCUGGCGUGCCUCCCGGUGUGGUGAACAUGGUGUUUGGCACGGGUCCCCGUGCGGGCGACGCGCUGGUGGGCCACCCGGACGUGCCGCUGGUCUCCUUCACUGGCAGCACGGCCACGGCGCGCGUCAUCACCGAGCGCAGCGCCCCCUACUGCAAGAAGCUGUCCCUGGAGCUGGGCGGCAAGAACCCCGCCCUUGUGUUCGCCGACGCGGACAUGGAGCAGUGCAUCGCCACCACCGUGCGCUCCAGCUUCUCCAACCAGGGGGAGAUCUGCCUCUGUACCAGCAGGAUCUUUGUGGAGAGGAGCAUCUUCCCAGAAUUCCUGGAGAAGUUUGUAGCGGCCGCUCGGAAGUGGAAGACGGGCGAUCCAUCAGACGCUUCCAAUAACAACGGGGCACUGAUCAGCAAAGAGCACCUGGAGAAGGUGAGAGGCUUUGUGAAGCUGGCCCGCGAGGAAGGGGGCACGGUGCAUUGUGGGGAGGGCGUGGACCCGCUGCCGGACCUCCCAUCCCGAAACCGCGCCGGCUACUUCAUGCCCGCCACCGUCAUCUCCGGCGUGCAGGACUCGUCCCGCGUCAUGCAGGACGAGAUCUUCGGGCCCGUGACCUGCCUCACGCCCUUCGACCUGGAGGAGGAGGCCGUGGCGCGGGCCAACGGGGUGCGCUACGGGCUGGCAGCCACCGUCUGGACGCGCGACGUGGGCCGGGUGCACCGCGUGGCCAGGCGUCUGCAGUCGGGGCUGGUCUGGACCAACUGCUGGCUGGUGAGGGAUCUGAACCUGCCCUUCGGGGGCAUGAAGAACUCCGGCGUGGGCAGGGAGGGAGGGAAAGACUCCUAUCACUUCUUCACGGAGGUCAAAACGGUCACCAUCAAACAAUGAGCAAGCGAGCGUGACACAUCAUCACUCUUUAUAGCACACAAGCACAUACACUGACGGAUCAGCCACGAGACAUCUUUAUCAAGCAGCACACACGAUCACUGCAUACACACUGACACGCACAGUAUGUACAGGCAACACCUAAUACAUACACACACACACACACACACACACACACACACACACACACACACACACACACACACACACACACACACACACACACACACACACACACACACACACACACACACACAAAAGUGCCUACAUAUCUUGAACACAUGCAUACAAGUACAUUAAGUUCCUAUAUGUAUUGAA